GUCGACGGGAGUGGACGCGCCUCGAUUCAGGAGCUCGGUCAUACAAUUCCACCCUUCCGAAACUUUUCAGAUGCUUGUGUCGUGAUUAAUCUGUGUUGUGAAGUUGAAAGUGAAAUUAGGUAUUUUGUGCCCGUUGCCAAUAAUUUCAGUUGAAAAUAACCUAUGAAUAUUUUAGUCGGACGCUAACUGGCGUUAGCCUAGUUAAGAAACGCAUUGAAUCUUCAAGACUCGAUACUGAAGCCGAAAGAACUUACUGCCAAAACCAUAGCAAUAUAAGUGACAUUUUAAUAAGUUUUUAUAAAUUAAAACCAUAAGUUUAAAGUUGAUUUUAGUAAAAACUAAAAGUGAUUAAAUUUUACCAGUGUAAAUAAAUCCUUUUAUAGUGUAAGAGUAGACGUAAUUAAAUCACUCCAUGGCUUCCGUUGAAGUGAAAGUGAAGUGAACGGAAAGUGAAAAGGAGUGAAAGUGUUAGUGUCAGCGGAUGGUGCGAUGUGGUAUUGAUGUGGUCACCGUUGCGAAUGCGGGCGGGCGGCCCCACAGGCCGGCAGGUCAAUGACAUCGCCGGCAGUGCUUGUGCUGUGUUUGGCACUUGUUUGUUCCACUAUCGGCGUAGUCUCGAAGCAAACAGCUGAUCAUGAUAACAAGCAUAAAAGUAUGCGAAACAUAAUGGAACCAAUACAUGGUUUAGUUAAAGAAGUCAAUAACAAAAAUCUGAAAAUGAAAUCGAGGACCAAUGUAUAUAAACAUAGCGUAAAUAAUGUAAAUAAUGUAAAAUAUGAAUCAAAUAGCUACGGAGCAAGAGAGAGAGUGAUUGUUGACAACGUUAGAAAAUAUGACGAAAUUUAUACAGAGGACGAAGAUUUUUUAGACAAAAAUGUAAAUAAAAAUAGUGAUUACGUGGAGAGAUUACGAAAUAGCAAUAAAAACAGUUUUUUAGCAGAUUUUAUACCUAAGAAGAGGGUGAAAAGAAACGAUAAUAAACACAUCAAAUGUAAAAGUUUUACUUUUGAUAAAGAUAAAUCGUAUAUUUCGCAUCCUCAUCUCGGAGAUAAAGAGGAUGUUAAUUAUUCGAGUAAUACGUAUUGUACAACAGUCAUAAGUGGUGCAGAUAAUCAAGUAGUCCAGCUCACAUUCGUUGACAUGUUCCACAUAGAGUACCAUCCAGAAUGUAUUUAUGAUUAUUUAGAAAUCCGUGAUGGUGACAAAGGUUACUUCAACCUCCUGGACAAACUGUGUGGAGAGACGUUUCCGCGCCAGAUCACCACGUCGGGCCCGCACGCCUGGCUGAAGUUUUAUUCAGAUGACACCAUAGAGUACGAAGGCUUCCGGAUACAGAUUGCUUUUUUAAACGUACCCAAUAGUGUUCGCAUCCCCGACUCCUGUUACAAGUCUUUCAAAGGAAAGCACGGAAGGAUAGAAUCGGACGACAUGGACAAAGACUGCAUAGAGAAGUCUGCAAAUCAAGCGCUAGACUUCUUGUGGAGGAUUGAUGUGCCAGAGGGACAUAAGAUCUACCUCAACUUCACCUCGUACUCGGUAGGGCAGCCUAACGAGUGCGAAGAAAAUUUCGUUCAAGUUUUCGGUAGCGUAUUGGAGUUUGAUGAAAAAUUGGUCCACUACUGUGGUUCCGUAGCCAACCCGGUGAUGACCAAAGACUCGGGCAAGGAUGGCGAUGAAGACCAGAGCAACGUGAUGCACGUGCGGUUAUACGCCGCGAGGAACGGGGUUGUCAAGAUAAACGCCACUUUCACCGCCUUUAGGACACUCAACCCUAAUAAUAAUGAGAAAUGCGAUGAGACCACGGAAUUUGACUGCGAAGACAACACCUGCAUCGCCAGCGCUCUGAAGUGCGACAACUACGCCAACUGCAGGCUCAAGGCGGACGAGGAGCCGGACAAAUGUGUGCACAAAACAGAGUCCAUGAUCCACCAAACGCACAUCAAGGUGAUCCUGAUCAUCUUCUGUUUGAUCCUGUCCGGCAUGAGCUUCGUCUUCUUCUUCAAGUGCAUCAGGAAGCUAUACCAGGACCACAAGAUUAUCAAGGAACACAUUCGUCAAUCCUGUGAAGACAGACUAGACAGCAUGGUAAGCGACCGUCUCACACUGGAUGCGAAGCGAUUGCAGCGCGAUAGCGAGCCACGAGCGAGCUUAGAGCGAGACAACCAGACCAACGAGAUGUUCAAACAACAGAGGAAGUUCUCACAGCAGAAAGUACGGCCAACUAGCAUAGACUCAGAUUUCAUCCAAGAAACCCACCUAGACCUAGACGAUGAACCCUGGCGUAGAGAAGUAAACGACGUCCCCAAAACAGAAGACGUAAGAAUAGAACGGAAUGGAAGAACGAGACGGAGCGACUUAAGUAAGAAGGAAGAGUCAAUAAGAAAAAGAGAGAGCGAAGAGAAGAAAGUUAGAGAAAUAAGAGACGCGUCGGUCGGUGCGCCGGAUACUAAGGAGUCUGGGUGUCAAACAAGGGAGAGUUUGUUUCAAACCGAUCCAACAGUGAGUUCUGAUGGGUCCAACACAACUAACAGCCGGGGCUUCUCCACGUUCGGGUACUCCGGAGCCACCAUCGUCAGGCCUUCGCCCCCGCAGACUAACACCUCGCAGAUCACCAUCGAGCUGAUUAGGCAGGCCACUGAGCAGGAGGAGAAGCCACAAAAGAAAUUCCCCGACCGCCGUCCGAUGAGCACCGAAACGACCCGAUCAGCACCCGACGUCAUCAUCGUGUCCAAGCCGAUUCGCUGAGGAUGACCUUCGGGGCCCCCUCCAUGGGCCCCGAUACCCCCCUGGCCCCACGAGGCCCCUCGCGAGCCCAGAACCUGCCCCGAAGGUUCCUACCAACCGCACGUAUGCUUCGACAAUUUAUCGAAGAGUGUAUCAUUCGAAACUUGUGAAGGCUAUUAUAGCCAACAUUUCGACGAAGGACCAAAACUAAUAUAUGACUAUUGUUUAAAGAGUGACUUCAAAGCUAAGACACUGCCAAGAAAUAUAGGUUCGUCUGUAGAUAUUAAGAGGAUAUAUCCUCAACGAAGCGUAUGCUUCUACGGCGUGGAUGAUUCGCCAUCUAGAAGUAGGAAGUUUGUUGUGAAAGCUGACAUAGAAGCUCCCAGAUAACGAAGAACUUAGUUUUUUCAAUCGAAUUCUGAAACACCUUUUUGGGAUUCGACAUUCAAAUUGUAAAAUAGCUAAUUAUAGUCGAAUUUUUAAUUCAAUAAAUGGACAUUUCCUAGGUUGCCUGGGUUCAUUAGAUUCCCACGAAGAAAAAUGCGCGCGUAUGCAUGCACACAGAAACACGUUUAAAUACGCGCAAAAUGAACAAUUUAAUCUGAAACCGCUGUUUUGAUUGUGGUGUUGUACAGAAUUAGGGCCAAAAUUAAGUUAAUAUUUAAUACUUUUGUAAGCAAUAAAGCUUUUAGCAUUUUUAAUGAAAUUUUCCGUAGAUUUUUGCAUUGAUAUUUCGAAAAACUGUGGUUAAAAUUUUAUGCUUUGAGUUAACAUUUUCAAAUAUUGUUUAUUAUAAGCUUGACUUAGUCAUACUUAUAGAGUUAUGAAUAGUAUUAAAAUAACUUUAUCAAAAGAGAGAAACUUUUAUGGUAUGUUUUUGUAAAAAUUGUAAUUUUAAAGUCUUCCAUGAUAUUGUUUAGUCAAAAUAAAAUUUUAAUUGAUUGAUAUUAUUAGAUGCUACACUAUUAUUAAAUUUUAUCAAAAACUAAAAAAAUGUAUAUAUGAAAUCGUUUGUGAAAACUUAAAAUAAAUUAUUAUGAUACGAUGAUUGAGUUUGAAUACUUUUAUAAACCUUUGAAACUGCAAUUUUCCAAUAUUCACAGAUAAAGCGUCUUCAUUUUCUGUUAAACUUAUUUUAAGUUCUAAAUAAUAGAUUAAAUGCCGAAAAUUCGGUUUUUAAUUGUAUUAUGAAAACUGGGUUUUUGCCAUUUAACCAUAGACGUAACUAUGGUUUUAAGACAUUGAAAAUUUGUUAUUACUGAUGCUCCCACUAUAUCUCUUCAGGUCUUUAUCAACAUAAUAUAUCUGUGCAAAAUUCACUGCGAUGCGUCGCUCCCUUGCAGCGUGAUUGAAGGAAAAACACACUUUCGCAUUCAUAAUA